AUGAAAAAUCUUAACAUUAUAAGUAGCAAAAUAGUCGAAGAAAGAGUCAAGGAAUACUGUAGAAAAAUAGAGGAGAACAAAUUAAAAAGUGUAAAGGCUACAAUACGAAUAGACAAAAAUAAGAUUAAUAUUAACAACAGGAAGAAAUUGUACCUAGAGAAACUAAGGAAUGAAGAAAUCGAAAGAAAUAAUAAUAUCCUGAAGAAGAAAUUGGAGGGAAUUAACAAAAGAGAAAAAAAAGCAUUAGAAAUAAUUAAGGAUACAACUGUCCAAAAACUUAACACAAGAAAAAAAAAUUUUUUGUUUGAAAAUAUAAAGAAAGCGAAAAUUAAAAAAGAAAAGAAAAAAAUAAACAAUGUUAAUACCAAUGCUUGUUUGAUCGAUAACGCACCCCUCAAAAAUCAAAAGAAAAAAGUUGUGUACAAAGGAUAUAUUGACGACAUCCAAAAGGGCUGUAAAUUUUACACAGAGAUAAAAACAGAUGACGAGUUCAACUUAAGUGUUCUCACGUUAAACCUAAAAAAUAAAAGAGUGAAAAGAAUAUCUUAUAAUAAUGAAAACCAUCAUAAACUGUUAAACGAUCUAGGGAGUUACGAAGAAAUAGCAAAAAGCAUAACACUAAAGGAAGAGGAGUGUGUAGACAAAACGGAAAGAGCUAGUUUAAAUAAAAAAAGAAAUGAAUAUAAGGCAAGUGAUAGACCGAUGAGAAUUAAGCAUAGAAUUAUGCUGGAAAAUAUUGAAAAAACAUGCGAUUUUUAUAUAAAAAAAUAUUUCAUCGAUGAUUUAGAUAAUACAAGUAACGAUAUAAACGAAACACCGAGUUAUGAGCAUGCUACUAAUAAUGAUCCGAACACAAAUGCUAUUGCUAGUGCUAACACAAAUACUAUUGCUAGUGCUAACACAAAUACAAGUGUUAGAGCAAAUACGAAUAAUGACGUAAAUUAUUUCAAGAAAAGAAAGAAUUCCCUUCUUUUAAUGAAAAACGAACUACUAUAUAAGUCAAAAAUUAAUGAAGCACAGGCACUAUUAAUUUUUAGAAAGAUAAAAGAAAAGCUCAGGAGCAACCCCAACUUUAUCAAGUCAAGUAACCAAGUGAAUCGUAGUGUCAAUUCAAAAAAUUUGCCUCGAAUACAAAAUCAGUCAAGCAAGUACAAAAAGGAAGAAACAAAAGUUCAUGGUGUGUCGAAACUUGAAAUCAAUACAACAAAUGAUGAAAAAAAGGAAUGCAAAAGGAAGGGAGAUUUACAAAAUGGUUUAAAAGAUGAAAUAAAAGAUGAAAUAAAAGAUGAAAUAAAAGAUGAAAUAAAAGAUGAAAUAAAAGAUGAAAUGCAAGGUGAAGCACAAAGUGAAACACAAAAUGAAAUAAAAGACGAACUAAAAGACGAAAUAAAAGACGAAAUAACAGACGAAAUAAAAGACGAAAUAACAGACGAAAUAAAAGACGAAAUAACAGACGAAAUAAAAGACGAAAUAACAGACGAAAUAAAAGACGAAAUAAAAAACGAAAUAAAAGACGAAAUAACAGACGAAAUAAAAGACGAAAUAACAGACGAAAUAAAAGACGAAAUAAAAAACGAAAUAAAAGACGAAAUAACAGAGGGCAUGCCAAGUGGCUCCACUCCAAGCAACAGAAGGGGAAGUAUAAGUUCUGAACAGAAGAAAAGAAAAGAUAAUCUUUCUAAUGAUUACUCCAAUGUAAUUAAUGAAACGAAUAUUGAACUAAACAAUGAUAAGGAUAUAAAUUCAAAUAAAGCGGAGGAGGAAACACAUUAUUUAGGUCAAUCUACAGCUGAUGAUGAAAAUAUAGAGUUGAGAGUGGAAAGAAAAAAUGAACAAAAUAACUACAUAGUAGACGAGAAGGUAGAUGACAAAGACAAAGAUGGAGUAGAUACGGCAGUUCAAGAUGAUGAAGCGGAUGAUAAAGUAGAUGAUACGGUGCAAGAUGAUGAAGCGGAUGAUAAAGUAGAUGAUACGGUGCAAGGUGAUGAAGCGGAUGAUAAAGUAGAUGAUACGGUAAAAAACGACGAAGAAAAAGAUGAAGUAGACGAUACAGUGCAAGAAGACGAAGCAGCUGAUAAAGUGGAUGACCCACUGCAGGAAGGUAACGCAAAAGAUAGAGUAAAUGAUACAGUGCAAGAUGAGAACGAGGAUGAUAAAGCAGUUGCCACUAUACAAAAGGGUAAAGCGAAAAAUAAAAUAGACGAUAUGGUACAAGAUGACGAAGCUGGAGAAGGUGAAAUAGAAGAACAUUACUUUGGUGAUAACGACUUAGAGAAAAAUAUUCCUAAUGAACAUGUGUCAGAUGCGAACUAA